GAGCCGGGACACCAAGGGAAGAAGCCAGAGGGAGAUCGCGGAGGGGAGGGGGCGGGAGGGGGGUGGGGGAUCCCGAGUCGCCCGCGAUCUGGAGUCUGGAAGGACCUGGAGCUGCGCCAGGCGACCCGCCUCGCCACAACUUGCCCAGACGAGACACGUUUCAUUCUGCACCCUGCAAGAAGGAGCCGGUCAGCCUCUCUCCGCGCUGCUGCUCCUCGGCCUCCGCGGGCCCUGCCCGGAUUAGCAGCGACCCUGGGGUCUGGGUCCCCUGUGUCGCCCCCGCCUGCCUGCAGCGCCCGGAACCUGCCCAGGAGCGCGCAGCUGGGGUGGUAGGGAUAUAUCCGUGAGCAAGAGAGACCACAGCCCCUGUUCCCGCUGAUCCUGCAGCCCAGUGGAUGGAGCCCAGAGUCUACAGAUCUGUCAGGAAAGAAAAAAAAAUUCCUGAUGUCUCGUCCAAGCAGGAAUUCCCCGGUGGAUUGGGGAAUGUCUGGCUUUUCCUCAGCUUAUUGAUCUCUGUGGUAACCACUGGAGGCCCCCAGAAGACCCACAAAAAUGAGAGGCCUGAGGUCUACAAGUUGCUGCUAGAAAUAUUUUAGCCUCUCCAAAACCCAGAAUGCAGCCCCGACCCACGUUUGCAAGGGUCCUGGGCGCAUGCUGACCGCGCGCGGGCGAACGCGCCCUUUGCUCCAGGUCCGGACCUGGGCGCUGCCAUAGCAACGUCCUGGACGCCCAGACCUUAGGCCGCCGCCGCCGCCGCGGAAGCAGGGGACCCGGCCUUCUCCCGUUCCUGAGGGCUGUGGCGGCGGCGGCCCGGGAGGCGGCCCGGGCUGGGUAGAGGAGACCGCCCCGUUCCCCGUAAGCAAGCAGCGGCGGCAGAUUGGCUUGCAAGCAUGCCCUUCCAGAGGCAAGUCUACUACCGGCUCUCCAGCGGCCCAGGGGGGCCUGACGCCGCCGCCGCCGGCGCGGCCUCCGAGGCUUGUGCGCCCCCCAGUUCGGCUUUGGGGCCCCUGCCCUUCUUCCAGUUCAGGCCGCGGCUGGAGAGUGUGGACUGGCGGCGGCUGAGUGCCAUCGACGUGGACAAGGUGGCGGGGGCCGUGGACGUGCUGACGCUGCAGGAGAACAUCACGAACAUCACCUUCUGCAAGCUGGAGGAUGAGAAGUGCCCGCACUGCCAGUCGGGGGUGGAUCCGGUGCUGCUGAAGCUCAUUCGUCUGGCGCAGUUCACCAUCGAGUACCUGCUGCACUCACAGGAGUUCCUCACCUCGCAGGUGCACACCCUGGAGGAGCGGCUGCGCCUGAGCCACUGCGACUGCGAGCAGAGCAAGAACCUGCUCUCCAAGCAGGCGGGGGAGAUCAAGAUGCUCAAGGAAGAGUGCAAACGCAGGAAGAAGAUGAUCGCCUCCCAGCAGCUGAUGAUCGAGGCCAGAGCCAACUAUUACCAGUGCCAUUUUUGUGACAAGGCCUUUAUGAACCAAGCUUUCCUACAAAGUCACAUUCAACGCCGCCACACUGAAGAAAAUUCUCGUUUUGAGUCUCAGAAAAACGCACAGAUUGAGAAGCUCCGGAGUGAGAUUGUCGUAUUGAAGGAAGAGCUGCAACUCACCAGGUCUGAGCUAGAGGCUGCACACCAUGCCAGCGCAGCUAGAUUCUCCAAGGAAUAUGAAAUGCAGAAAACAAAAGAGGAAGACUUUUUGAAGUUAUUUGAUAGGUGGAAAGAAGAAGAAAAAGAGAAACUAGUUGAUGAAAUGGAAAAAGUCAAGGAGAUGUUUAUGAAGCAAUUUAAAGAAUUAACUUCGAAGAAUUCAGCAUUAGAAUACCAACUGUCGGAAAUCCAGAAGUCCAAUAUGCAAAUCAAGUCCAACAUAGGCACAUUAAAAGAUGCACACGAGUUUAAAGAAGACCGUUCUCCAUAUCCCCAGGAUUUCCAGAAUGUCAUGCAGCUCCUUGAUAGUCAGGAAAGCAAGUGGACAGCACGAGUUCAAGCUAUUCAUCAAGAACACAAGAAAGAGAAGGGUCGGCUCAUGUCACAUAUAGAGAAACUUCGAACCUCAAAGAUAGAUGAUCUAAAUGCAAGCAAUGUUUUCUACAAGAAAAGGAUAGAAGAGCUAGGGCAGAGAAUCCAGGAGCAGAACGAACUGAUUCUAACUCAGAGACAGCAGAUUAAAGAGUGUACCUGUAGUCCGUUAAACAGUGUCAGUGAACUCAAAGGAACUUCUUUAGCCUGGCAGGCUUUUGAAUCUCAGCCACCUGCUCCAGCUGUGCCCAUGAAUGCCCCAGCCCUGCACACUUUGGAAACUAAAUCAAGUCUGCCAGUGGUGCAUGAACAGGCAUUCUCGUCGCACAUACUGGAACCAAUAGAAGAACUUUCAGAGGAAGAAAAAGGAAGGGAAAGUGAACAGAAAUUAAAUAACAAAAUGCAUUUAAGGAAAGCUUUGAAGAGUAACUCCUCCCUCACUAAGGAACUAAGAACAAUGGUGGAGCAGAACUUGACGGAGAAGCUGGAAACCUUGGGGAUCGACGCAGAUAUACAUGGUAUUUCAAGUGAACAAUUGCAUAGAGUACUAAAAAGUGUGGAAUCACAAAGACGUAAGCAAGAAAGAGAAAUACCUAACUUUCAUCAAGUUCGAGAAUUCCUUGAACACCAAGUCAGCUGUAAAAUUGAGGAGAAAGCACUGCUAUCUUCAGAUAAGUAUAUUAUUUCUCAAAUGGAUACCCUUUCAACUGGAGAAGUACCCAAAAUGAUACAACUUCCUCCCAAAAACAGACAACUGAUUAGACAAAGAGCUGUUUCUACUGAUAGGACAUCUAUUUCAAAAAUUAAGAAAAAUAUCAUGGAAGAUCAUUUUCCCAGAAAGUCUUCAACUAUUACCACCCCUCCCUUUAGUUCAGAGGAGGAGCAGGAGGACGACGACCUCAUCCGGGCAUACGCAUCCCCAGGGCCACUUCCUGUGCCGCCAUACGCAUCCCCAGGCCCACUUCCUGUGCCGCCAUACGCAUCCCCAGGCCCACUUCCUGUGCCGCCAUAUGCAUCCCCAGGCCCACUUCCUGUGCCGCCAUCGCAAAGCAAGGGCAGCUGCAGGAAGAACGCAGUCAAAAGUGACGCGGACGGGACCGAGGGAAGCGAAAUCGAGGACACUGAUGAUUCUCUCAAGCCCGCAGGAGCCUCCAUUAAAACACCAACUGAAAAAGUUGAAAAGAUGUUUUCACAUCGCAAAAAUGUGAAUAAACCAGUUGGUGGAAUUAAUAUUCCUGAGAUGUUUAUCAAAAAAGAAGAAUUACAAGAACUAAAGUGUGCAGAUGUGGAGGAUGAAGACUGGGACAUAUCAUCCCUAGAGGAAGAGAUAUCUUUGGGGAAAAAAUCUGGGAAAGAACAGAAGGAACUUCCACCUGUGAAAAAUGAACCACAUUUUCCUCAUGUGCUAAACGCCUGGGGCGCAUUUAAUCCUAAGGGGCCAAAGGGAGAAGGACUUCAAGAUAAUGAAUCCAGCACAUUAAAAAGCAGCUUAGUAACCGUGACUGAUUGGAGCGACACUUCAGAUGUCUAAUUCCGCAUGUCAGAAGCCAGCAGUAUUUCAGUAUGACAGUGUUUCAGUAACUUGCCUCCAUGACUCCAGUGCUUCCGCCCUGCCAUGUCCCCCACAGCAACACAGGGUCUGAUGCAAAGAACAACCGUCUCUUUAAUGUCACCUGAUACAGUAUUGAAAAUCGGAUCCUUAACAGUGUUCUGAAGCGCAUACAGGUGUUUAAGACUUCUGCUGCUUAAAAAUAACAUGUCAUUGAAGUCAUAAAAAGUUUUUUCUUUAGAAUGGUACUCUAGUGUUAAGUGUAUUUUUUUCCAACUGUUUUUUAAGUGAUUUUUUUUUUUUUAAGCUUACAGCAGGUUUUGGUUUGAAUUACUGAAACUUUAAAAAAAUAUUUUUAUUAUGUAUGCUGUCACAUUGCAGGUGUUUAUAUUAUAAAAUUCUGGUAGUAGUCUUAAAAUUGAAUUAGUGGAACCACUAAUCACUAAAAGUUCAUCUAGUUAUUUUUCAUAUAGAAGUAAGCUUAAUCCAGGCAUGAUGGCAUUCACCUUUAAUCCCAGCGACUGGGGAGGCUGAGGUGAGAGGAUCGCUUGAGCCCAGGAGUUCAAGACCAGCGUGGGCAAUAUAGCAAAACUCCACCCUCCCACCCCCCAAAAAAGUAAGUUUAGAAUUAGAAUAUAGCUAGGCCCGUAUUAAAUACAUUUUCCUGAAGUACAUUUAUCACAUUUAGCUUUGAGCUACUGUAAGCAUGUUACUAUUAAAUGGUUGUUUUAUAUAGCAUAUUCUUUAUCUUGGAUAUUUUUUGAAUAAAGUGUAGUUAUUUUAAGUGCCAAUUUAUCAGACUAAAUAGAAAAUAUUUGAGUCAUUACUGAACUCAUUUUUUUUUACUUUUUAAAAUACCCAACAUGUAUUAUAAAAUAUCUCAAAAGUAAUCUAGUUAUAUUCUUAGACAAUGACAUUGCCAAAAAUCAGAGAUCAUAUAAACUGUUUUUUGCAUUUCUAUAACUUGGUGGUACUAUAUUCUCUUUCCAAGAAAAAGUAACCUUUUAACAAAAAGAUCUGUUGGGUUUUAGAUCGCUUUUCAUUUGUCAACCUUUUCAGUAAAGCCUUCCGUUACAUCA